AUGCCUCGCCCGACGCGCGAAUCUUACGGCGACCAGAAACCGCCGUUCUCGUACAUCGCGCUGACCGCCAUGGCCAUCUGGAGUUCGCCGGAGCGAAUGCUCCCGCUGUCAGAGAUCUACCGCUUCAUCACGGAUCGGUUCCCGUACUAUAGACGAAACACCCAGCGGUGGCAGAACUCGUUGAGGCACAAUCUCUCGUUCAACGAUUGCUUUGUGAAGGUUCCGCGGCGGCCUGACCGGCCCGGUAAAGGCGCUUAUUGGACGUUACACCCCCAGGCGUUCGAUAUGUUCGAAAACGGGUCUCUACUCCGCAGACGUAAGAGAUUCAAGCUUCACAAGGGAGAGAAGGACAGCUUGAACGCUGAACUCGCGGCGUUGGCAAGUUUUAACAGAGCGUUCCUCGCUAGGCAAGCUGGGUCUGCACCAGGGAUGGGCAGUAGCAUGUAUGCCCCAAUGUCAAUAUCUAGACCUAGUCCUGAACCGAUGGAUGCGCCGGACACAGCGGCUCUGCUGCCAGCCGGUCCGAGACCUAGACGGGCCUUUACAAUCGACGCUUUACUGGAACCAGAACCUCGACAGUCACCGUCCCCUCCUCCGCCGCAGCAGCCACAGCCCCAUUACCCGAUGCCCCUGCCAGCGCCAUAUUUGCUGGCAGCUCAGAGGUAUCAUGCAGAACUGCUUGCGGGUCUGCAGCAGUCCUGUCUCCCACCCUUAUGGACGUGGCGGGAUACAAGUCAAUUUUCACAUUAUACGCUUAAUUCAUGA